AUGACAUCUCAUGACAUUGAGGUACAGUUCUACUUGAACAUCGUCAUUGAGAGUGGCAAGGAGCAUUGGCUGAGCCGGGCCACUGCCAGCACCAUCCGCAGCACUCGCAGCACGUCUGUCGACACUCGGACGCACAUGAUGUGGCUCAAAGACCUGUUGGCUGACAAGACCUUUGCGGAUGACAAGUACGCCUCGCGCUUAGCCGAAAGCGUCGAGAACAUGAUCCGCGACAAGCUCCGGGAUGAGGCGGCGAUCAUGGCCAAGGCCAAGAAGCAUUUCCAGCGCGGGAAUCUCAUCGUCGUCCUUGUUUCCAUCGAGCGGAUCGAUAUGCGGAAGAUGCUCGAGCUGAAGGGUGAGCAGCAUCGUCUACGGCGAGUGGAUCUGAUCAUGAAAUGCCUUCGCUUCAUACCCAUUCCGCUGAAAUUCGAUGUGGAGGAAGUACUCCUCACCCAGCUUUGUCGGAACAUGAUUGGGAACGUGCCAUCCCAGCUCACUCGACAGAUGUGUGAGAUCGGAGGGGUGAAUGUGGAUGUUGAAGCCAAGUCGAAAGAUCAACAGGCUGACUACCUACUGGAAGCGAUGCGACAGCUCGACGAGGAAGACAUCCAGGAGGCCAAGAACCGGCGGAGUUAUGCCUUUGGAGGCGACGAGGUUUGGCCCUUCUUCUGUGGCUAUGGCCAUGCCAAGGUGCGGCAUGUGCCAACCACUGCUUGCUAUCCCAGGCAGAUCGCGUGGGCCGCUCGUGCCAGGGUCGUGGAUCGUCAGCAGGGGCCCAGGCUCUGA